GUGGAAGUUUCUAACACGAGGCAACCGGAUUUGAAACUUUUUGUCCACCUCGGAAGACAAGUUUGGGGAACAGAAAAGCAAAAUGGCAGACGGCGAGCACGUUUCCUCCACCACUCCUCUGUUCGGCGACGAGGUGCACCACUACCAGGCCGACCCGGACUACGAGCGGCCGGGCAAGCCCAAGCAGGACCUCUUCGGCGUGGAGGAUAUCGUGGACCUGGUCGGCGGGGCUCAGGACGCCCUGGACCGCCACUUGGCUGAAGCUAGUGCGCCACACCAGUUCCCGGAGUUCACGGAAGCUGGGUUCGCCCCGGAGCCGGUAACGGUACUGGACCCAGUCCACGUCACGGAGCCGGGACCGGUGUCGGUGGCAGAGGUGAAAGACCCCGAACCCGAGCCCGGGGUAGAGACUGCCAUCCCGGACUCGACCAGCUUCGCUUUUGUCCCGGACACCCCUGCUUUAAUUCCCCAAAAGCCUCAAGCCGUCGCCCCUAAAGUGGAACCCGAGAGUACGAAGAUCGACCCGGACCCGGAGCCGCGGGCUGCCGCUGCCCGUGAGCCAGGGUCCGUAGCCCCGGAGAGCGACGCCCUCCCCGCGGUCGAAUCCCGGAAAACAGCCCCAGCCCCCGCAGAGGCAUCAGAGCGACCUGCGGUGACAGAGGAACCACCGGCUCCGGCAUCUUGUGAGUCUAAACUACAAAAAAAAUCACCAUUUAUUAACACAGGAGCGA